AUGGCUUUCGGCGUCGACAUAUCCCGACUAGACUUGGAACCUCUGGACUUCACAGAGCCAGAUGGUUUCGCUGGACGCGUAAUUCAAUACACAUGCAAUGAAGGAAAAGUAUGGAGAAAUCCAUACAACAACAAAACAUUCCAAAUGCCAGACAAAAUUUUAGGAAUUGCAAGCAUCCCUGGAAGUUGGUUAAAUACGGAGACUUAUUUGUACCAAAGCCGACUGGACAUCAAAGCUCGCUUCUCAUCUCGUGCGGGGUUGGGUAUCAAACUCAAGAUGCUUGGGAGUUUUUCUGCCAGUUACAGUUUCAGAACAAUGUUAAAAGUUUUGCUAGAAGAGUCGUUACAGAUCACAGAAGUGACGUCAUUCGUUUCAACUUGCCAGGCGGCAUUUGCUCCGGCUGAAGUUUUGGGACUGUCAGCAGCAGCCCAACAUGUAGUCGACUUACUGCCCGAAGAUUUUAAAACAUCUCCAGAAGCCUAUUUCAGUUUCAUCGGCUAUUUUGGGACUCAUUUUUUGUUCAAAGGCGAGUUUGGUGGUUAUAUUAGUAUUUAUUACAAAACAACCAGCAAUUAUUACUCGACAAGCACUGUCCAAAAUAUGAAAUAUCAAGCCAAAGCUUCGUUUCUGGGCUUUCUGAAGGCCAAAGCCGGAUAUAGUGGGUCUGUUAGUGCUGUUGAUAAAAAAUUCACAGACCAUACUACUAUGGAUGUCAUUUAUAGAGGCGGCGAAACUUCCCUGCUUCAGGGUGAAGACAUUCCCCAUUGGGAAUCUUCAGUUGCCAAUAAUCCCUGGCUCUUUGCUGGACAAAUAGUUCCAGUCUACAAAAUGAUCAAUGAUUCGAAAAAACAAAAAUCAAUGAUGCUGGCUGUUCAAGCACAUCUGGAUAAAGCGUAUCUUGAGGAGCUGGCUGAUUUGUUAGAGCGAGCUUCAAUCAAGUACACUUUUGCAGAUAUCACAACUUUAUAUACUUUAAUUCAAACAGGAAUUGAAUUGCAAAGCACUCUGAUUCCAGAUCACGAAAAAGUGACGGAGUUUGGAAAUUCGGUGAGUUAUCAUCUGGACAAGCCCCUUAAGCAGGGGCACAACAGCGGUUCGCCGUGA